UCGAGUCGAGCCAAAGUGUCCCUCAAUAUGGGAGAAGGCAUUCGGGUUCUGCACAUCGGCCACAGUCUCAACGACGACUUGUGGCACACUUUGCGUAUUGAACGUCGCGGACCAUCCAUUGAGGUGAAGCUCGACAAACAGGUCCAGAUGGCCGAACUCACCGGUCAGUUGAUUACUCUACAUAUCGCUUCCAUCCAUAUCGGCGCCCAUUCACUCACUGAUCACAAGACACAUCACAACUCCGGACAUCAUUACUCGACGAAAGAUGUGCCAAACUUUGUGGGACUGAUGCAGAACUUUGUGAUGAAUGGCAAUCCAUACUUCGAGAUGGCCAGAGACGGCCAGAUCAGCAACUUUAACGUGACGGCCAAAGUGGGCAAAAAGGAGAGAGUGGUUCACCAUCCCGUCACCUUCAAGUCCCGGCACACGUUCAUCGGCUUAUCCCAACUCAAGGCCUACUCCACAAUGAAUCUGUACCUCCAGUUCAAGACACUAGAGUCGGACGGAAUACUGCUGUACAACGCCGGCAAAAAUCAAGACUUUAUGGCCAUUGAGUUAGAGUCGGGACACUUGAACUAUAUCUUCAAUUUGGGUGACGGCGCCCGCAAAGUGCGCUCAAACACCCGAACAACGCUUAACGACAACCGAUGGCACGCCAUCACAAUCGGGAGGCCAUCGCUGCGUCAGCACACGCUUAUGGUGGACGACAUGUUGGCCACAGUGUCGAGUACGGGCGCCAACGUGCACCUCGACCUCGAGGGUCUGUUGUAUUUGGGUGGCGUUCGGCCCGAUUUGUACGACUCUUUGCCCAAAUUGAUUCAAUCGCGACACGGCUUUGAGGGCUGUAUCGCGUCGUUGGAUCUGAACGGCGAGACCAUCGACCCGAGCGGCGCCGACGUACUCAUACCGAGCACUUUGGUAGCGCCGGGUUGUGCGGGUCCGGUCACAAAGUGCAGUAACACUGCCUGUGCUAACAGAGGUAUAUGUGUACAAAUGUGGAAUAGUUAUGCCUGUGAUUGUGAUAUGACCUCCUAUUCCGGGCCGACGUGCGCUGAUGAGAGCACUGCCUAUCAGUUCGGGGCGAACAGCGGUCUCAUAACAUUCAACUUUCCGGCGGACAAACGGCCGGACACUAAGAACGACUUACUGGCGCUCGGAUUCCUGACCACCGAUGAGAACGCAGUACUCGUGCGCAUAGAGAGCGGCACUUCCAACGACUACAUGGAACUCGAACUCGUCGACGGAAAUGUCCUAAUGGUCUACAAUCUCGGCACCGAAGACCUCGACAUCGGAGAGUUGUCCUUCAGAGUGAACGACGAUAAGUACCAUAUCGUGCGCUUCACUCGUUCCGGUCAGAACUCGACCAUUCAAGUGGACAAUCAUAACAUUAUGAGCAAAGCUCCGGCCGGCAGACAGUUAACGAUAUUUAACAGCCACUCGAAGGUACAGAUCGGCGGUAAGAAGAAUACGGUGAGGGACGCCAUUGAGAAGCCUUUCCACGGCAUUGUCGCCGGAUUCGUGUUCAACGGUCACCGCAUCCUCGAUAUGGCCGUCGAAGACGACUCGCGCAUUACCGUCGAGGGAGACGUCAAACUAUUGAUGUCUAUAAGCAAUGAGAACAAGAAUAAAAACGGCGGACAACAGACCGGUUCAGCCGAUAUCUACGAAAAUAGCACUCGUAUGGAGAGUAGCGGUGAUCCUCAGAUGCAGCAGCCAAAGGGUUCGCCGGUCUAUGACACGGAUGACCUCAUCUAUUCGGGCGCCGGAAGCGGUUGUUUCGAUGCCGACGACGAGGACGACUGCAGUAAAGUCGAGGGUUCGGGCGAUGAUCUGAUAACUCCGGUCUACACUUCUAGCCCGAGAUCGGCGACAGCUGUUCCUCCUUAUGCUCUGCCGUCAACCGACACAUCCGUUGUGUCCCAUAAGUGUGACGACGACGAGGACUGUAUUGACGGUUCGGGUUCCGGAGAGCAGACCGUCCAUCACGUGACCGCCGGCUCAACCAAUAAUGUUUACGGUGGCGGACAGUCGGGCGUUCAUCACCUCCAGUAUACAACGACAAGAGCGCCGUACGAGCCUCCGUGGGUGGGCUCGUGGACAUUGCCUCCCCUCACGUCAGCCCCGGUGCCGACCGAUCAUUCAUUUGAUAGAUACUAUCCACCGAUCGAU